CCCGGAAGUGUCAUGACAAGUGUGCCUCAGUGCCCGUAAUUAAAUAAGUUGUCUAACGACGUUUAAGAAAUGCAUUAAGAUUUUCUGCUAUGCGUAUUGGGUCAUAAUCAUUGUAGCGGCACGCCCGCAUAACCGGCGUUGUCUGUUCUUAUUGAGUGGUCUUCACGAAUUCACUGUUGAAGGAACUGAAAAUGAGAGCCAUGGGAGAGCUUCAAUGUUUGGUCAGUUUUGGGCUCGUUUUUCUAAGUUUGAGCCUGACUGCAGUGACGUGGGAAGUGACAUGGGAAGGUCAUAGCUCAGAUAAGAGACCUGUGGUUGUUAUUGACGACCUCCUGUCACGUGACUCCAUCAAAGGGAUCCGGGGAUACAUGCUGCUGCUGGACUGGAAAUUCAGCAUCUCAGAUGACUUCUAUACAUUUGACUCCAACAGCUUCCUGAACAAUUCAGAUCACGGUAACUACACCAAUGCUCCCUGGCAAUCCACUCUGCCCACUGCAGCCUUCCAAAAGAGUAAAUCAUGGCAGGCAAUGAACACUUUUCUAACAGAGAAGCGAGGAAAAGAAUUCAGACCCACAGACAUAAAGGGAUACAUUCUCAACCGAGGUGACUUCCCGUUGUACCAAAACCAGUGUGUACAUGAGGACGACUACAGAGUCAUUGUGUUCUUGAACGAAGUUUGGAGAAAAGACUGGUACGGACAUUUGACCAUACACGACGAGCUAGGAAGAAUGCACGCGGCGCACCCGAGGUACGGCCGAGUCGUCUUCGUUCCGUGUGAUUUAAGUUUCGUCAUGAAACCGCCCGCCAUGCAGUCAGCUUCUGCCCUGUACGCCUUGGUCAUCAUGGCAACAACACGUCAGACGACGGAAGAGGUUGGGGGCGAUCUCCCUGACUCCAAGCCUUGGUGGAUGGACUUGUCUGAGGCCGAGAUCAAAGAAAUGAAAGAGAGGUACCACUACUUCCCGCAGCCAGAUUCAGGCAACCGGGAGAUGGACGUGGAGAAACAUGUCACAAGAAGGUUCAGCCUACCUGAUGGCAGGACCAUCACUGUUCUGGAUAAUAUCUUCACUCCUGACGAAAUCCUGAUGCUGACUGAUUAUUUGGCAGCAAAUUGCACCUACACAGACUCAAGUCCAUCGGAGUAUUCGGACAAUGUUCGCUGGAUCACAGGUUUUGACAUCGACGUGUUUGUGAAGAGUUACUUCUGGCGGGCGAGCCGCGAGAUCGUGAGUCACGUGAGCGGGACCAGCGGGUUCUAUCCGUACGACGUGGCGCUGAACCUGAUCCGCAUGGCGGACCACACCAUGAUUCACGAGGACUGCGAAAAGGGGCAGGACGAGUUCACACUACUCAUCUACCUGAACAAGGACUGGGAGGUGAACAAGUUCGGAGAAACUGCAUUCUUUUAUGACAAUUUUGAGCCAUUUGUCGCUGUGAAGCCCGUGUACGGUCGUGUGGCGGUGUUCCCCUGCUCCAUCCCGCAUUCUGCAAGACCGCCGAGCGCUCGCAUCAACGGUGCGAGGUACACCUUUGCUGUGAAGGUGUCUCCCAGUCUGCCCGAAUCCGGACCUCAACGCGAACUGAAUGACGACAGCGAGGCACUGAGAGAACAGCUGGAAGAGGUCGAAGAAUUUUUGUCUGCCGAAGAAAAAGACGAGGUUUUAAAAGCUUUGAAAGAUGUGGAUAAUGGAAACGGUGAUGCACAAGCGUUGUCCAUCUUACUACUCAAACUGGAGUGGAAGAACAAGGAGAGAUAUUUGUCGUAUAUUUGAUAUGAGUAGUGUCUGAGGAAUUGCUGCAAUGUCCUCAUACUACUUGGAUUUAAAUACGGUAAAUCCAUUUGAUAUUGGGGGGGAAUAGUUCACGGCAUGUGAUUUUAAGGCCACAGCCGCCACACCAAUUUGAUUUGUUGCUUAUCGGAUUUGCCUGUCCAUUUUUUUCCUCCUCAAAAAAAAAA